GAUGACCCCAGCAGGUAACGCUGCCCCAGUCGAGCCUGGACAAGUGGCCAUGACUGCAAAAAUGUUUCUUCUCGUGCUUUUGCAAACCCUCAUCCAGUACCCACAGAUGGUGGCUGAUGGGCUGGAUGAGGUCACCCGUCUGCGCAUGGAGCUGCGUGCAGAGCUCCUGGACAGAGAGAUGACUCGGCUGCUGCAGGAGCUGGAGCAGAGCAGCCUGGAGCGCAGUGUCAGGGCCUGGGGAGCCCUGCUCUGGGCUGCCUUGCAACAGGGGGACUUCUGGGCUCUGGCUGGAGUCCUGGGCCUCCUCCUGUGGCUGUGGUUUAUCUGCAGCAGAAAAAGCCGCCAGCCAGAAAACAAUGGCUGGGAGGAGGGGGCAAGAGAUGGUGAUGGUGGUGGAAAUGAAGGGGAAGAAAACCAUGACGCAAUUGAGUGGGAAGUCAACAACGGUGAUGCAAUUGAAGGAGAAGACCACGAUGUUGCAAAUGAAGUAGAAGAAGAUGAUGUUAUUGCCCACAACCUGAGAUGGCUUUUAGAGGAGCACAUACAGUGGCCUGUUCAGGACCUGGAGGAAGGCAGCGAGAUGACAACUUUCCUGAUGGACAGCUUUGUGAUUAUCAUUAGAGAGAUCGUGACAAACAGUUCAUACCCAGUGCCGCAACGAGCCAUUGGGGUGGGCAGUGCCUUUGAAGGCUGGAGUCCCCGGGAGGAGGAUGUGGUGUACAGUGUCCUUGUACCUCUCAAUCCUCCCCCGGGGCACACCUUCCAUCUGGAGAUGGACACCUCAGGGCACAUACCCGGCAGGAACUUCUGUAUCCGCGUGGAGCCGGUGUGCACCUGCCCAAGGGAGCAGCAGGAUGACAACGUGCUGUGCUCCCUCCACCACCCAGAGGACGAGCAGAGGAGGAACGAGGAGCCCAACUUCCUAAACACCCUCUGCACUGGCUCCUACCUGGAUGUGGAGAAAACUGCCCGCUGGUUCUACCAGUUGGUGAGAGCGGUCUGGCCAGCUUUGCCUGAGUCACACAGUUGGCAAAUAGUGCUGCUGCCCUCCAGCCGCUGCUGCAAAUUCAAGAUGAGCAGAGACAGAGAGAGCCUGAUGGUUGAGGUGCUCUUUGGGGUGCAAGAAGGCAAUUCAGACAUCUACGUGAGCAGCCAGCCUACAGAGGCCCUCUUCACCCCAAGCACAGUGUGGCCUGAGACCUACGCCGUGGCAGAGAUGAAGUUCUUCAGGCACAUUGCCCGGCAGGUUCCACGUGACAGCUGGCACCUCAAAUGCUUGCAGCUCUUGGUCCGAGCUCUUCUGGGCAUAGGCUUCUCCACCUAUACCCUGAAGACCAUUGUGAUGCACCUCCUGAACACCGUACCUCUGUCAGGCUGGCGCAUGAGGCAUUUCCGACAGCGGCUGGAAGAUACCAUGGAGUACCUGCACGGCUCCCUGGAGGAGAAACGCCUUGACCACUUUGUUGUGGGCAACCGGACAUUCCCUCAAGAGAUUCUCUUGCCCCCUGAUGUCAAAACCGCCGAGCCACCCAACCUCUUCCAUCGCCUGGCACAGGAUCCGGCCGCCCACACGCAGGCAAUGAACGAGUGCCGUGAA